UGGAAAAGCAAACAGUUAGGGUUGGAUAGGCGGCACUGAACAACUUGGUUAAAAAUGUUAUCCAGCUGCCUUGCGGUUUGUUGUUGUUGUUAGGACUUUAAUAAACGUGAUAAAUACCCAACCCUAGUUUCAGCACUGUCCCUGCUCCCACCCCUUUAAAGAAAGUGGAGUCGUCCAACGGAACAGCCUUUGACGUCCAUUCAGCUGCUGGUGCUGCUGUGAGAUAAUGUACUCAAACAGGUCUGAGCACAGUCACAGUCGGCAGUACAGUGACAGAAGUUCAAGGCAGUGGGACGGCUAUGAUGCCAGAUGGGAAGAAAGACAUGACCCUCACAGAGAUGUACCGAGGGAUUCCCAUUAUAAAUACGGUGGGGAUGGCCCCAGUAGCACAGAGAGGAAGAGCAGAAGUAGAGAGUACAGUGACUCCCCUAUGAGGCUGUACAGUAAAGACUCGUUGAACAGAGACAGGAGCCAAAAAAGCCCAGUGAGGAGACGCAUGUCCUCACCUGAUUGGAGUGUUUCUGAAAAGAAAAGGCGAAGGUUUACAGAGGGCGAUGGAGAUGAUUACAGAUACAGGCGUGUGUCUGAGGAUAAAGCAAGCAGGCAUUCACCAGACAGUUUUUCACGCGCACACGUAACCAGUGAUUAUAAACAUACACAAAUACAGGAAGAAGAAGAAUUCAAAUACAGGAAAACAUCACAAGACUCCAGACACAGAUAUUGGAAUGAAGAGUUCACCUACAGGCAACAACACGAUGAUUUAACAUGCAGACGAUCAUCAGGAUAUUACAAAGAGAGAGAUGGUCAUGAGUGGAGCCGGGACCGCUCACAGGAGAGGACACGAUCACAAGAUUGCUCAACAAAGACUUAUGCCAAACCCAGAGCGAGGAAUGACAGCCCUUCCACGGAUAAUGAGGAUCAUCGCCAAAAUAGAGCAAGGUUUCCAUUGAAUGCCAGCGGACAGUCUUACGAGAGUGACGUCAACAACCAAAGUGCUGCUGUUCCUGAGCAGAAGUCCACCAAGGGUUUUCAGCGUUUCCUCGACGUGCUCAACAGGGGUGUGAAUGUCGCCACGCUCACCAAAAUAGUGACUCAGACCUCUACAAAAGGGGGUGAUCAGCCACAUUCUCCGUCCUCUUUUAUUAGUGCUACAGAUCGUCUGUGGUCUCCCACUUGUGCCGGGAGGAAAGGGGGAAGCCACCAAAAUGCCAGCCACUGGAGUGAGAGCGAAGGAUCCCAGAGACUGGCUUCUCCACAGCCUCGUCACAGGUCCUUCAGUCCGAAGCGGCGAUCUCUGUCUAAUGAGAAGUCUCUGCAAAGGGGUGACGGAGAACAAAGCUACUUUAGCUCCAACAGUAGAUCCGGGUCUCCGUCAGUGGUGGAAAAGACCACGCCGGCACCUGAAGAUGAGCACAAGCACAGGCACAUGCAGGAUGUUUUGCAGGCCAUUGGCAUAGAUUUGGGGUUUGAGGAACUGGGCCAAAUGUCACACCGGAUCCAGGAGCGGUUAUACGGAAAGAAGGACGGUGACGGGGGCCACCAUCGUAGAGUAAGCAGGGAAAGGGACACAAGGCGAGCGUUUUCACCAAGACAGCAAAGUAGAUCAUCAUCAAGCAGGUCUAGUGUUAGCCCGUCAACUCGAGAGUAUCACGUGAAAGAAGACAACUAUAGUGCUCAGAGGGAUCUAACAGGGGAACACCAAGUACAGGUACAUCAAGCCGUUGAAUAUAGCCAGAAUAAGAGCAGUAGCGAUUUGCAGGAGCGUGAGGAAUGUCAAACCAACUCCCGGGAAAGCACUGCUGAAUGUCAAGCAUUUUCUCAAAACCCCACAUACCCUUUGUCAGAGCCAUCUCCUACACCCGUGAUGCCGAUGUACUCUCCAGUAAACUGUUCACCGCUGCCGUACCCACCGCCGCCUCCUAACUUGCCCCCCGGGCUUUUCUUGCCUGGCCUGCCUCCCUUCCUCCCUUACCCCCGUGUCCCACCUUUGAACAUUUUCCCAGCAGUACUGGCUCAGACGAGGCACCUACUCCCACAACACAUCAGUAAUCCUCAGCCAUUUUUGAACCUGCCAAUUCAGCCUCUGAACAACACACAAAAAUCCAAAACAGUGUCAAGGCCCCGCUGUUUGCAGGUCAUUGAAACCAAACAGCCUGGAUGAAGACGUUACAGAGAAGUUGCAUACGGUGAAAAUUUGCCUUUAAACAUACCAAUAUAGUUGAGUAAGUCUCUUAUGCCUCUGGAGAAUAAUAAAGAGAUAUUCAUAAAGUAAUAAAACAGUUGGGCCUUCAGGGGGUCCUGUUUUAAACACAAAACACACAUUUGAAUGUCACCUAAAAGAAAAGCAACUUUGAGCAUUUGUAAUCAACCAAAUCAACAAAAUGGAAGGCCAAAAACCACGAAAACACAGACAAUGACACUAACAGUUUUUGACCACAACUUAAUUGACAAACCACGAGGUAGUGUUGGAGCUUCUUCAUUUACCCAUAGCACAAUGCCAUGCUAAAAUAACCACUGACACAGAAAGUGUUUAUUGAUUUCUGAAAACUUUGUCUGCUUUAUUUUGUUAUUCAAAAUUAGUUUAAACACCAUGAUUUGAUACUUUGUAAGUUUUGUUGAAACGUUAUCUAGAGAAGUCUUUCUGUAGGCUAAAUGCCUUUUAUUCUAAUGAAAUGGAACCAUAAUCCAGUGUUUAGUCUUCAGAUGGUUUUGGCCGACCUACUAUAACAAAAACGUGCUCUACACUGAAGCGUCUGUUUGUCUGAUGACAUGUUUUCUUUUUGUGUACUCACGUACGCAGAAAAGUGUGUAAAUAUUUGAAUUGCAUAAUAUUACAGUGAUUUGAAAUAAAUGGUGAAGAGCUGUUUAAUUGCA